AGGUUCAUUUCCAUAGCAAAAUCAUAUCAAAUCAAACAACGCAAACAUCCACCGUCUUAUACCACGUUUUGGAACAUGCAUUUUACGCAGGUUUUAAUUUCUCUAAGUGUUUUAAUUGCAUGUGGUCCAGUGGGUCAAGGAGAUAUAACGGCGGCGCACCAGCAGCCUUCCACAACCACGGAGGAAAGCGAGCAGUGUUCCACAUGUGAGUUCAGACAACACAGCAAGCUGAUGAGACUGCAUGCCAUCAAGUCCCAAAUUCUUUACAAACUGCGACUCAAACAGGCUCCGAACAUCAGCCGAGACGUGGUCAAGCAGCUGUUACCCAAAGCGCCGCCUUUGCAACAACUUCUGGAUCAGUACGAUGUGCUUAGGGAUGAUAGCCAGGAUGGGACUAUGGAAGAGGAUGAUGAACAUGCCACCACAGAGACCAUCAUGACCAUGGCCACAGAGCCUGACCCCAUCGUUCAAGUAGAUCGGAAACCGAAGUGUUGUUUUUUCUCCUUCAGUCCGAAGAUCCAGGCGAACCGGAUCGUGAGGGCGCAGCUCUGGGUUCAUCUGAGACCGGCGGAGGAGGCGACCACCGUGUUUUUACAGAUAUCGCGGCUCAUGCCCGUAACGGACGGAGGCAGACACAUACGAAUACGAUCCCUGAAGAUCGAUGUGAAGUCAGGAGUCACGUCUUGGCAGAGUAUAGAUGUCAAGCAGGUGCUUACGGUGUGGUUAAGACAACCGGAGACAAACUGGGGCAUAGAGAUAAACGCGUACGACGCGAAGGGAAACGACUUGGCCGUCACCUCAGCGGAGACUGGAGAGGAUGGACUGCUCCCCUUUAUGGAGGUCAAAAUCUCUGAGGGUCCAAAGCGAAUCCGAAGGGACUCUGGACUAGACUGCGAUGAGAAUUCGUCAGAGUCUCGAUGCUGCCGGUAUCCUCUCACUGUGGACUUCGAGGACUUUGGCUGGGACUGGAUUAUUGCUCCGAAACGUUACAAGGCAAAUUACUGUUCGGGAGAAUGCGACUACAUGCACCUGCAGAAGUAUCCCCACACCCAUCUGGUGAACAAGGCCAACCCGCGAGGCACCGCCGGACCCUGCUGCACCCCCACCAAGAUGUCUCCAAUCAACAUGCUUUACUUCAACGGCAAGGAGCAGAUCAUCUACGGCAAGAUCCCCUCAAUGGUAGUAGACCGUUGUGGCUGCUCGUGAACAAGUGCCCACACAGGACAGGACUCAAACCGUUUAAAAGACCCGGACAUCUGAUCACACAACCCACAAUCCAUUAGCAGUGCUUACCGCAAGACACUGUGCAAUAGAAGGACGCUAACUCACUCUCUGGGCACUGCUUCAUUUGACUAUGUUUUUUUUUUUUUUGUCUUCCUCUAAAUCAGUAUCUCUGCCACAGGAGUCAAAUGUCACAUGGAUGUACUGGAAUGUCAUACUGGUUGGACUUGGGAAUGGACACUAUUGAAAUCUAUGACAUUACCAUUACAGUUUUCACCUUUUAAAAAUACUCUCAUUAGUGCAUAAAGGAUGACAACGUACAAAAAUCGUAUUACAUGAACACUCUCCAAAAUCACACAAUCAUUUAGAUCUUUGCUGUAAAAGCUGUGUUAAACUACCGGUGAGCUUGUUUAAGAAGAGUAUCCAAGAGAAACAGAGAGACUCAAGGACUUUGAACAGAGCUUGAAAAACAUGCCUGAAAAGUUUUGGUAAGCUGAAGCAAACUUCCAUGUACGUUGCAAUAAACACAAGAUGCGCAAUCCAAUUUAAUCUUUAAUUGUAGCUUUUGUCCAUUAUUCAUCUGUUGAACAGCCCUACACACUUGAAGUAUUGUUGAAAAAUCGGCAUUAGUGGACAGAAGGACUUGAAGCAGAGGCACUUUGAAUGAAGUCUACACAUUGAAAUGUGUUAAAAGACAGAGAAAUCUGAACUAUAAGAAUGAAUGUUAAUAUCACGCUAACACUUUGUCUUCAAACCACACAGUUUGCACUAUGGCAGACCAAUAGAAAGAAUUGGUUGCUAAAAAUGUUUUAAAAAACUGAUUUUGAUAUGUUUGCUAAUUGUAUUGUAUACUUGCCAUUGUUUCCAUUAACAGUUGCCUUUUUUAACCACUGUUAGUAAAUGUAUAAGAACACAAAUUAGCAAAAAAAAAAAAAAAGUCUACAAUAUAAAUCUAUGUAUCUGUUCAUCAAAUAA